UGAUCCAAACUAAGUAUGCACAUAUUAAGAGUUCUGAAACACUUGCUUCUUUUAAGAACCAGGUGAGAAAAGUGGACAAUUUGAACCUCCUAAGAACUGUCACCUGUGCAACUCUUAGAAUAAUGGGGUGGCAGGUUUUCUGAGUUUGUGUACUUGUGUGUUUUUUUGGGUAGUUAAGUAGCUACUAUCCAGGUCAAAAAAAACUUGGAGCACUUUCAGUUUUGGGGCAUGUACAUUCAGUUCCCUCAUCCCCAUGCAGUGUUGUUGAAAAGCGCAGUUUUGGAAAGCUUAAGAGAUUUUCAACUUUGUGAAGGGGGAAGUGAGGGGAAUUGACUGAAUGUUCCAACUAAUUUGCCCGGGGUGGUAGGUGCCCACAAUCAGUUUACACUGUGUGUAAGCUAGGCAUUUUGACACUUAAAUAAAGUGGUAAUUAUUAUUUUAUUAUAUUGGGCAGCACAGGCUACAGGUAUCUAUGACCCACUCUUACAGGAAUUCGGUAUAUUUAAAGUAUACUUUUAAAGACAAUUGAAAGUAUACUUUAUAAAUUUGUGCUUUAAAUAUACUUUAAGUAUAUUUGUAUGAGAGUGUCCCACUGCCCUCCAGAGUACAUGUAAUGCCUCUGUGUCUGAUCUGUUUGACAGGUGGUGUUUUCAAGUUGUAUCUUCAGUUUAGUGAGCAUUAUAAUGGCCAGCCACCAGAAAUAUUCUUUCACACAAUCCCUUUCCAUCCAAAUGGUGAGCUAAUGUGCUUGUCUCUGAUGUUAAAAAACCAAAGCAGUGUUUUGUGCCUGAAAAUAAUUAUUUUAAUCCAGUAUCAUAAAGAUAAUAAUAAAUUAUUCAUGUUGUGAGGGUCAUUUAUUUUGUGCUUUUGUGUAUAAGUUCAUGCAGUGCUUCAACUGUGCAAAUUUAUAUAUUUGCUGGUACAUUCUUGUAUUGUUUACGGUAAAAGAAGUGUACAAUACAAGAAUUCCAAAAUGAAGAGACAUGUUUUCUGUUUUGUUAUAGUUACACGUAAAACACUUUAGGAUAAACUUAAAAAGUACUCACAACUGAAAUAGAAUGUUGGUCGGGUUCAUCUUGAUUCUUUCCAAAACACGGCAUUUUGACCAAUUUUUAUUUAUUCCCUUGAGUUUGCCACAAUAAUUAUGCUGCCUGUACUAAUGGGUGCCUCUUUUACAGCACAUUGCCACCUCAACUAUCUGUUUGAAACAAUGUCCAUAGUAACACUUGAGAUUCUGUAAGUUUUCAGUGCUGUUCUAUCAUUCAUAUCAGUCUUUUAAUUUUUAGUUGACCCAGACACAGGCCAGGUUUGUGCAGAUUUUUUGGAUGACUUGAGUUGUUGGAAAGAAUGUUACUCAAUUCCUUAUAUGCUACUCAGUCUCCAGGUAGGCAGACAUGAAUGUUGUUACUGCAGUUUGUUUUCUAAAGUGGGUAUAAAUUUCUAGCAUUACAUGUAAAUGCUGACAAAUUUUAUCAAUGUUGUGGGAGAAAAUUAGUAUCAAUGUUAAUCUGUAUUGGUGCUGAAAAUAAAGUUUAGCUUAGUUUAAUAGCAAAACAUACAUAUAAAACUAUUUUAGUUGUCCGUCAGUCAGUCAGUCAGUCUGUCAGUCAGUCUGUCUUGAUUGUGUUUCCACAAGAAAGUCACUUAAUGUUGCAUUACAAAUAAGGAUUCAGAUAUAAUUAUUGAAUGAUUUUUGAGCCAGAAAGCGUGUAUUUUGGGAGCAUGUUAGAUUUGUGAUAUUUUUAGGAAAUGGACAAGUACACUGUAUAACUCUUACAGUAUUUUUAGCUGUUUUGUAUCAUAAAUAUUAUGUUACAGAUCAAAUCUAAAUUAGGUUAAAAUUUUCAACCUAAUUUGACUCUAAAUUUCCGUUGUCUCCUCUAGCCCUAAUUAUUAAUGAAGUAGAGCUAGGAGACAAAGAAAAUUGAGAAUCAAACCCACGGUAAAAAAUUUAAACCUGAAUUUAAUUUUGACCUGUAACAUAUACAUCUGAUUCUAGUAAAUUGUUCCACUUAUUUACGUAUGUAAAUAUGAAUCUCCUAGCAAUGCCAUUGCUUUGAAAUCCAUAUGUACAUGUUAAAUAGUUUAUAUUUAUUUUGCUCUUUAUAAUGCACUGCACAGUAGAAAAAUCAGUGUGAUUGUGUCUAUCAUGGGAUACCUCAUUGCGUUGCAGAAAGAAAAACAAUGCACUGAAUAUUAAAAAGAUCUGUUUCAGCCCCCAUAGUGCCAAUAGGCCAUUUUACAGUUAUGGAUGGAAGCGAGGCAAAGGGUGACCUUGUUUUGAUACAAACCUUCUUUGCUUUGUUAUGGAAAUUGUUCUUGAAAAAUACUAGUUAGCAUAAGAAUAACUUGAUUUACAUAAUAAAGCAAGAAGGUUUGUAUCAAAACAAGGUCACCCUCAGCCUCGCUUCCAUCCACAACUGUAAAAUGGUCUAUUCAGCCUUGCAGGCCAAAGUCUGAUUCAGGCCCUCCUGGAGCCAUCUGAACACAGUUUAAGCCAAACAGCCCUAUCAAAUGCCUAUUCCAGCCCACGCUGCUGCCUAUUUCAGCCCUUAGGUCCAAAUCAGCUCCCUCCCUCAGGGAGCCAUAUGAUACUCAAAAAUAGGACUGUAUUUUAAGCACCGAAACGGCCCCAUUUUUAGGGCUAAAACAGGUCUUUCUGACUUACAAUGUAAUGAUAAUAAUAUUGUUAUACUUCUACAAACAAUCAUAAAGUAGGUUGAUCACAUCCAUUUAUUAACUACAGUAUAUGAAAAGAGUUGGUCAUUCUGACUGGGUAAAAUGAAGCUAUUUGAAAAUCACCAUUUUGAUCGUAUUGUUAAUUUACUAAGGGAUCUGGUGUAUAGUAGUAGAAUUGGUGUAUAGUAGUAGAAGCUUGUUGCUUGUUUAUCUUACGUUAUAUGUAAGCUUAAGGUGGCUCCGUGAUUAACACAAGAGCAUUUAGCUGUGACAAAUUUUCCGUCAUAACUUUUUCGAUUUUAACGCGAUGGCUGCGAAACUUUGCAAUUACCAACAGAUAUCAUUCGGCAAUAAUACGAAAUAUUCCGAUUUCAUUGAUGGUAAAUAUUUCUUGAGAAAUUAGCGCUUAAAAGGACCCUACUGUUCAAAGAAAAUCGCGUCUAGUAAAACAUUUUGCUGAUAUUUUUUACUGAAAUUUCUGGUAUCGGCUUCAAUUGAUAUAAUAAAUAUGCCAGAGGAAUUUCAGAAAAAUCGUUGGAGCAGAAGUCCGUAACUAAAAGUAGGUCAAAAUUCAGCUGUGAAAUUGUUUUGGAAUUUCAAAAAUAAAUUAUUAUCAGGAAGAAGGAGACACCAGUUUCAAUUUUCGGGACAAGCAACUUCAGUGUGUUUGCUAAUUCUGAAAACAGAAGCCGAUUGCCUAUCGUGCUAUUCUUUAGAAGGUACUUUUCAGUUUUAGAAGCACUAUAAAUUGCUCCAAACUUUGCUCUGACAUCGAAUGACUUGUUUCUCGACAUUUUUAAAAUAUCCCUUGGCAGUUUUGGUUCAAACUCCUGCUACAUACAUUUUGAUGUAUUGCAAAGCAUCUCCAACGGCUUUUCCUGCUUUACGUUGUUUCCAAUUCAGGAAAAAGGUAUUGGGAUUGUAAGCUACCUAGUAUCGAAGCUCAGAUAGAACUGUCCAGCACCUUUGUUUAUGACCAGAAAAUGAGCACGAGCGGCAGCUCUGCGAGGAAUUCGCACCACAGCCAGGGGGGACGAGUGACAAUGAUGCCCAUGUCUGUGAACCGAUCUGUAUAAACAUGUAUUGCAGAGCAAAACAUAAUAAUCAAGAAAAAAACACCCAUUCAUUGAAGGAAGGAGUGACAAAAAUUUCAGAGUUGUAAAUUUAUUCACGGGCAGUAUUUUUGCGAUAAUUUUAUUUUGCACUGUGAUGUUAUUUGGUUCACAAGCAUGGUCAUCAUUGUCGUUCUUCCCCCCUGGGUGAGGUGCGAAUUCCACGCAGAACUGCCGCUCGUGCUCAUUUUGUAGUCAUAAACAAAGGUGCUGGACAGUUCUUUCUGAGCUCUGAUACGAGGUAGCGUCCAAUCUCAAUACUUUUUUCCUGAGUUGGAAGCAACGAACGGCAGUAAAAGUCGUUGAAAAUGCAUGGCAAUACAUCAAAAUGUAUGCAGCAGGAGUUUGAGCCAAAACUGCCAAGGGAUAUUUUAAAACUGUCGACGAACAAGUCAUUCUACUUCAGAGCAAGGUUUGGAGCAAUUUAUAGUUCUUCUAAAACUAAAAAGUACCUUUCAAAGAAUAGCACAAUAGGCAAUCGGCUUUUGUUUUAAGAAUUAGCAAGCGUUGAAUUUACUUGUCCCGAAAAUUCAAACUGGUGGCUCCUUCUACCUGAUAGUAAUUUAUUUUUGAAAUUCCAAAACAAUUUCACAGCUGAAUUUUGACCUACUUUUAGUUACGGACUUCUGCUCCAACGAUUUUUCUGAAAUUCCUCUGGCAUAUUUAUUAUAUCAAUUAAAGCCGAUACUAGAAAUUUCAGUAAAAAAUAUCAGCAAAAUUUUUUACUAGACGCGAUUUUCUUUGAACAGUAGGGUCCUUUUAAGCACUAAUUUCUCAAGAAAUAUUUACCAUCAGUGAAAUCGGAAUAUUUUGUGUUAUUGCCGAAUGAUAUCUGUUGUUCUUUGCCAAGUUUCGCAGCCAUCGCGUUAAAAACCAAAAAGUUAUGACGGAAAAUUUGUCACAGUUAAAUGCUCAUGUAUUAAUUACGGAGCCACCUUAACAAUGUAAAUUUUUAAAUGCAGUUCACUGUACAUUUUCAAUUUAACUUUAUGUUUCAGAUGCUUCUUCCAAACCCCGUUCUUGAGAAUGCUGUAAAUGCCAGUGCUGCUCGUAUUUUUGCCUCGUCGCCCAGUGGAUUUAGACAGACAGUGUUGGACUGUGUUCUUGCCAGUAAGAGGUUGGAAGGUAAUACAUAAUUAAUUUAAGAUACAUUUUAAUAUAUGUAGAACUCUUUUGUAUGAUGUACAGUACAUAUAACUACAUAAGUGCAGACGAAUUGUUAGAAAAUAAAAGUGCAGCAGGGUGCAAAGAAAGUCAGUUUUAGCUUGCCAUUGGGGCUGUAGUAUGUACUAGCCCAAGAGUCUUUCACUAGCCCCCAAAAUAUUCUGAUAAGCAGCACUGACUACAGUUCUUCUGUAGUUUGAAUUUUCCACAAAAAUUCAGUUGCCCUUUGGGCAUAGCCUGUGAACAGGCUCUCUGUUUUGGGAAGGGGUGAAAAAAUCGCGAGGAGAGGGAAGAAAAAGAGUGGUACCCUUUCCCUUCUCUCUCCUGGCGAUAUUUAUACCCUUUCCCCAAAUAGAUUUCUUUCCUAGCACAUAUUCUUGAAUCUGAAUGGUGCCAGGUGCCAGUUAGCGCAAUUUCAGAGGCUAGUUUAAACAGAUCAAAUAAAACGCUAGGAUGGUGAUGCUAGUAUUUUGCCGGCAAGGAACGGCAACUGGGUUCGAGUUUCGCGCGGUUCUAGGGUAUUGUUACGAGGCCAUAGCAUAGGUUGGGGGUACACGGUCCCUGUUUUUCCAGUAGUUGCUUUUUUUCGUGUUUACGUGUCCGACUGUGGUGUUUUCAUAUUCACAAUAACGAUGCUAAUUCUACAUUUGAAAACUGUAUAGUUGAUUUGCGCGGUAUAAAUAAAUGUUAUUAUAAAUAAAAUAAUGUUAUUAUGAAAGUGUAUCAUGGGCCUGUCUGCGGACGGAUCGAUUCGUUCCUCUAAGUGUUUUGUGUGUGUUCGGUCGGGUAGUGGAGGCAAAAUGCUGGGCGUUGUUGAUAAACUCUGAUAAAAAGUUAUAUUUGACAUCGGUCAACAGGUACCUUCUGUCUUAAUUUAAAAAAUGAGGCUAUUUGUUAAUUCAGCCGUUAUGUUUUGUUUGUACUUUACGCCUGUCUAGCUGGCCUAAAACCCCACACGGCGGAUGAAAUCGAUGUGACUCGAAUAUCCCCCAAACCUAAUGAACUGCGGCCCGAGAGAACUGAGAGGAAAAAGGUGUCUGGAGUUGGACAAGUCUCGUUUGAUGACUAUCAUGCCAUGUGGAGUGGAAUUGCAACAACAAAACCAGUGUCUGAUGCGUUUAAUCCGCUGAGUGAGGUGUUGAAAGCUGAUUCAAAGUUACAAGCUACACACUUUGGAUUACCACAACAAGAGCUUCAGGAAGAAAUACAUAAACAGCUUAGUGAACAUAACGCUAUUAUGUACGGCAAAUUCGACAGUGGAAAAACAGGGCAGGAUCUAGCGGAGCUCAAGUCGACCAAAAUUCAGCUAUUUAAGCAGAUUUAUCUUCCGAAACAGCAAGGUGAAGCUAGAGUCUUUGCGUUCUUGUCAGCGUACAGGUGUAUGCACUGUCGUGCAUCUCUAGUAUCUUCUACAGUACCGCUCAAAAGUAACUUACUAUACUGCAGUCGAUUCUUGAUUCCUGUAUGAAUUGAUGACCGAGCUGAAACAGUCACUCUACAAAUCAAGCUUGAUAUUUGAAGACACGUUUCGAAAAACUUCAAUUUUACAUUUGUAACAAAAAAAUCCGCUCGGGCGACACUAGUGUUGCUGGGUGUCAAUGUAAAGUCGCCAAGAAAUCAGUAAGGAGUGAAUCUUUUGUCCUCUCUGUCUCCGGAAACUCGUUCUUGACUCGAUUCUCGAUACUCAGCUCUCGUAGGAAUCGAGAAUCAUGUAAUGAAUCGAGACUUGCAACAGACUGCUAACUUACCUUGAAGCGGCACUGUAAGUACUUGUGAACGUUAUUGAAAUAUUGUUAAUAUUAUGUAAGCUAUAUUUCUUUAGGGACGGACCAUUAGAAAACAAUUGGGAUGGGGGGGGGGGGGAAGUCCAAAAAAAAUAUUCGCGCAAGGGAAAGUUAAACGGAAAAAAAAUUCAUGCACGCCUAUUAACCCGAAGAAAUAUUUAUGCUAUGGCCUAAAAAAUCAUACAAGGAAUUUGAUACGAAAAAAAAAUCCUGCAGCUCGAAAAUUCCCCUCUCCCCCCCCCCCCCCCCCCCCCAUAACUUUGUUAAUGGUCCGUCCGUUAGUAGAGGUAUCAUAUUAUUCGGCGUGUGACUCUGUUGGAGUGCUGCCUUUGAGGGGAUUACUACUCACCUCCUGUUACAAUGUUACCCUGUAGUGUUGCGGAUUUCUAGGGUUAAAAAGUGCUUUAUUAUUUUAAAAGCGUUCCGUAAUGUACAAUGUCGUUCUCUCGUUUAUCAAGUAUGAAUGAUGUACCACUAACCUCUGGGUUACUCCAAAGGAGGCUGCCUCUACCUGGCAAAAACGUAUUUAUUUCAUGCAGAUUCCCCAAAAGUUCCUGGCACUAAAAGUGAAUGUCAGGCAUUGAAGUUACUUGCAACCAAAGUUGUCGAGAAAUGGGAUACCCAUUGCCUCCUGCAGUGAGGUUCCAACUAUCAAUCAUCAACCCAAAAUUUGAGAUGAAAAUGCAGAAUAUUAUCACUAGCGACGGACGAGUGACACCUACCUGAAAAGAAUUAAUUGUGCUGCUUUUCUACAAGAAUGGACCUUAUUCGGAAUGCCGGCUCAUUUUUAGACUGCAAAGCAGUCGGUUUUUUUCUCAAAAUCAGUAAAGAAAUCGGUAAAGCGUACCGUAAGAGUCUUGCGUGUGUGAAGCGCGCGAGCGGGCGUGUGGGGCGAGAGAAAAAAAAGCGUCUCUCCCCAGGUCUCGCUCUCUGUUUUCAGCCUCGUUCCAGACCUUUUGUUUGACUGCUCGCGCGUACAUGAAUACGCAAAAAUACGGACUGUUUUGCAGUCUAGCUCAUUUUCUGAUCAUAAUUUUAUUAACUGCUUCUGUUCGAUUGGCUUGCAAACGACCACCGCAGGCAAUUACUUGCCUAAUAUCAUAGGUGACGAAUUACUCCUUAAUUUUGGCGCGAGAUUUGUAUAGGUAAUAUCAUGAUUUGUAGUGAUAUUUGGCAUAAAUACCACGAGUGAUAUUUCAAAAUUGUUAUACGAAAUUUCACGAGCCGUUAGGCGAGUGAAAUUUGAGACAAUUUUGAAAUAUCACGAGUGGUAUUUAUGCCAAAUAUCACAUACAAAUCAUGCUAUUAUUUGUUUAUACUACUACCCGCAAAAGGUUUGUAAUUUUCACAUGUAGGUAUUUCAAAUUAAGCUGAAAUACCACUGCUCUAAGCCAAUCAAAUUGCAGAAAUUUCUCAUGUAGUAGUAUAAAGUUAGCAAUCGUGAAUUUUUGACAUGUUUAUCCUGGAUCGUAUCGAUCGAGACAAGAACUCCACUCUCUCAAAUGUUUAGACCUUAAAUUUGGCUUAAGUUCAGAAUUUUCAAAAUUUUUCGACAAAAUAUCUGUUGGAAUCCUUCUUGAUGUGCUCCUUCGUGUGUUGAGGUUUUCUGAAGCUUGUUUUUUUGCCCUAACAUGUUCAUUUACGGCAUUUUAAAACUUCGUCGCCAUCUUGACACGGAGACGUACGGAAGGUUGCCAUUGCAAAUUUUUUUAAUUUCAUAAGUGAAAUUACAAAUUAACGCUGUUAUACUACUACAUGAGAAAUUUCUGCAGUUUGAUUGGCUUAGAGCAGUGGUAUUUCAGCUUAAUUGCGAUGAUCUUUACAUUUAAAACAUGCUUCACCAAAAGUCGGUGAUGUUGCCUCAAAGUUAAGUGACUCCGCUCUAUCCUGCAUCAAGUCGGUCUUGUAUUGAGUCGAGCAAUGACUGAACAAGUGCAGCAAUUAACUUAAGGCACCUGUUUUGCGGAGAGAUUUAUUGUGCGGUCUCUGCUGUGCUCAGCUCCUUUACUGUUGUUGUUGUUGUUGUUGCAUGUGUUUUCCUUCAUUUUUUUUUGCCUGAUCUUUCUGACGUUACUUUGCAGGCCUGUCAAGUGUGGAUUCCGCGACACCAAGAACAAUUACCAAUGCGCCUUCACCGUCAACUACAAUCGCGAGAGAUUUGGAACCCCAUGAUCGCGAAGUGGAAGAGUUAUUAGCGUGGACUAAUACCCUGCCUUAGCUACAGCAGUUGUGAACUUUACAUUGUAACUAGUUAGACAACAUUUUGUACGCGUGCGUAUCAGCUGAACACACGUUUCAGUCAAUUGCCUUGGUCGAGGCUAUAAACUCACUCACGCCACCCACAGAAAGACCGUAAAAACUUCACAUGUAGUGAUUCUUCUGGCAGGCGCACAAGCAACUCAGAAAUAGCAACAAAAUGUAAAGUAUUUUAAAAUACGUUGUGAUUAUCACUCACAAUGCACCAUACUUGGAAUUGCAAUGUGUUUGCCAUACAGCGAUAGAUGCAAAUUGUAAUAUAUUUUUGUCUCCAGUCAAGUGUAGAUAAGGGGAGAUUAUUUUAAGUAGAACAAUUUUUCUAACUCAACAUUCGAAGGCUACAGCGCUGCGGUUGAAUUUUUCUCCAAUGUACUCAGUCGUAGAAAGUAAAUUUGUAGCCACUCAAAUACAACGGUAAAUGUCAAAAAUCUGUAAAAAUGUGACUUUUGUUUUUAAUUAGCGGUGGUCAUGAAACAGAAAGGUCAUUCUCUUUUAAGAUAAUUAUCCAGCUUUGGAGUUCACUGAAAUUGGGAGAAACUGUUAUUUUGUUGAUAGCGUUCGGCCAUUUUUGCUAAACAGCAUGUUAUGGUUUUCAAUAGUUUUCUGUUUCGAGCCCUGUAACAAUUCCAGUUUUUCCAUUGAGCGAAUUGGCAUUACCCCUACCUUCAAUUUUGGAUAAAGCAGAA